AUGGGAAAUUGUGUAGGAAACUCUUCAAGAAGGAGAAGUUUAGACCAUAGCUCCAAUAGCAGUCGAGCAAGAAAUCAAAAUUCUUUACCCCAAAACACCAUAGUUGUAAUAAGUGAACAACAGAACUCAGCGCAGCCACGAGCAAACAGAGCCCAACUACAAAAUUCUCCAGAAGCAAACCAAGUCCAAAUAGACUCAACAAUUUACAAAGCAACUGCCAAACUUGAAAACUACCCUGAAAACCCUUCUAUUUAUUUUCUGGAUUUUCUCUUUUCCACAAGGCGAAAUUGCAGGAUCACAAUUUAUUAUUUUGCUAAAGAUAUUUUUGACCCAAUUCAAAAUACUCCCCCCUCCGUGAAUGAACAAAAAAAUUUUGUUCACUCAAGAAGGAGGUUGAUAUUUUUUUAAAAAAAUUGAUAUAUAAAUUUAUAGAAAUUUUUUUUUUUCGAAAUUUAUUAAUUUAAUUUAUAAAAUUUAUGUUUUAAAACGCAGUUUGAUUAAAAUUAAACAGAAUUUGCUUGAUAUUUCAUUAUAAUAAUUUAUAUAUCAAUUUUUUUUCUAUAAAAAUUUUUGUUCACUCAGGAGGGUGGGUUUUUUUGGCAAAAAAUAGGGAUUUCUCUAAUGGUUUUGUUCACUCACGGAUGGGGGGAGUUACUAUUUUUAUGUUGAUCCAGAAAAAUAUCCACCUCCAGAAAGCCAUUAUUUUGAGCCAGGAGAUAGACAGCAUUUUUCUCACUUAAGCCCAAUUGAAAUCGGAAGAUUUUCCGAUGACGAGCUGGAUUUUAAAGACAAAAAAACUUUUCCAGUAAUAAUAGAAAUGACCCCAGAGAGCGAAACAAUGCCUCAAAUCCUUACUUCUUAUUUCAAAAUAUGCAAAAGCGAAGACCAAUACUCAUUGACUUGUUUAAGACAAAAAAUAUCAAUUAAUGGAGUUAUACAUGAGCUCAAAGAUUUAUAUGGUUAUAAAUCAGAAGGACUAGAAUGCUCAAUUUGUUUGACCGAAAAGAAAGAAAUGGUAGUUUUGCCAUGCAACCAUGCCUGCUUGUGCGCUGCCUGUGCAGAGCAUUUGAAAGCAGAUGCUAAAAAGCUUUGUCCUAUAUGUAGAGGCCCAAUCCGACAAAUUUUAAAGCUUUCUGAAGUAUCUGCGUAG